AUGAGCGCAACCUUGCACAACCUUAGCUACACUGCACCGAUCGGUGGGCCGUCGCGCGAACUCGCCAUGGUGCGGGAAAACGCGAAUCCAGCCGUAGCACUAGCCGACCUGGCCUCGGUGUUGGGUCUGGACCCGGUCGGAUCACCGACCGGCACGAUGGGUGGCAACGAAUCCGGUGGACAGCAGGAACUUGGCCAACCGGCCGCCGAUGGGUGCCCCAAACCAGACGAUCUGCUCUACCCGAGCCUGAUCGGCAUCGAUCUGGCCGUACCGCAAUGGGAAGCCAUCGGGACGGCGCUCGUCCUGACGCUCAUCAUCAUCAUCACCAUCGUGGGCAAUGUGCUCGUGAUUCUGAGCGUGUUCACGUACAAACCACUCCGAAUCGUGCAGAACUUCUUCAUCGUAUCGCUCGCGGUAGCCGAUCUAACCGUCGCGAUCCUCGUGCUGCCGCUAAACGUCGCCUACUCGCUGCUCGGCCGGUGGGAGUUUGGCAUACACGUGUGCAAAAUGUGGCUCACCUCGGACGUGCUGUGCUGUACCGCCUCGAUCCUGAACCUGUGCGCGAUCGCACUCGAUCGCUACUGGGCGAUCACGGAUCCGAUCAACUACGCGCAAAAGCGCACGCUCGAGCGCGUCCUAGCACUGAUCGCGGGCGUUUGGGUGCUGUCGCUGUUGAUCAGCUCACCGCCGCUGAUCGGCUGGAAUGACUGGCCGGAGGAGUUUUCGAGCGAGUUUCCGUGUCAAUUAACGAGCAACCAGGGCUACGUGAUCUACUCGUCGCUCGGUUCGUUCUUCAUCCCGCUCGCCAUCAUGACGAUCGUGUACAUCGAAAUUUACAUCGCAACCCGGCGGCGGUUACGCGAGCGUGCGCAAGCCUCAAAGAUCAACACGCUAGCGACGCGCAGUCUCGGUGUGGUGGCUGGCAAUGGUGAGAAGGAGCUAACGACUGUCGCGCACUCACCACCGGCCAAAUCGGGUGCGGAUACGGCACCCCACGAUGGUCACGGGCGUGCUCACGGGCAGCAACACGACCAGGAGUCGAUCAGCAGUGAAACGAACAACCACAACGAACAGACGGAUGCGAGCAGUGCGAAUCCGUUGGCCACGAAGAAGGAUCGCACCGGCAAGAAGGAUCGAGCGCGUCGGCUAGGCGCGUACUUUGGUCUCCGCGGUAGCAGCAGUGGUGGAGGCGCCCAGCAUGGGUUAGGGGCGCGUAAAAAGCGCCACCGGAAGUGCGCCACCGGUGACGACGAAGAUGAGUGUGACGGGUCGCGGUUGCAGCGGUUGGCGUUGCAUCAGCGCGAGGACGACUCGGUGACGGACAAUCCGGACAACUCGGGGUCGGGUGAGAGCGCGAAAGCCGGGCCGGGGGUGACUUCCGGUAACUGUGAUAUUACGGCGGGUGGUGAAACGCCACGAAAUGGAGCUGGCCACGCGCAGGUGGGGUUCCACGAGUCAACGACCGAGCUGGUGGCGGGUUCGGUGGUGGCCACCGGUGGUACCGGUGACCGUGCGCCACCCCGACCCGGUGGGCGGUUGAAGCAGUCGUUCCGCAAGCCGGGCGGCAUUAAUCAGUUUAUCGAGGAGAAGCAGAAGAUCUCGCUGUCGAAGGAACGCCGGGCGGCCCGGACGCUUGGCAUCAUUAUGGGUGUGUUUGUCGUGUGCUGGCUGCCGUUCUUCCUGAUGUACGUCAUCCUGCCGUUCUGCCCGACCUGCUGCCCGACGAACAAGUUAAUUAACUUCAUCACUUGGCUGGGCUACAUCAACUCCGCGCUCAACCCGAUUAUUUACACCAUAUUCAAUUUAGACUACCGCCGCGCAUUCAAGCGGCUGCUCGGCAUUAAACAGUGA